UCUUGUCUACUCGAUACGAGAAUCUGGGGGAAACUUCCCCUCAAAUCUCCCCGAUCGAACCCGAAAAGCUGGGAAAUGCUACGACAACUCCCGAUAUUGGUCUAGAGCACGUCCACUUUCUCUACACAACGAACUCGUUGACAUCACAUAGUAUGCGCGAAUAUGUUGUAUGUGGCUGAACAAGCAAAGGUUCAAGGAAAGGAGGCUGGAUAAUAUGUAGGGCUGCCCUGACCUGCGUGGGCUUCUAUCGUCUGGCCAAUCUCGUCUACAGUUUGAUCACACUAUGUCUCAACUCGACGAGACCAUACACCAAACACCCACAUCUCACGGACGACUGAGCCAACCCCGAAUCUCUAGAGCUUGCGAUGGGUGUCGCACACGAAAGAGUCGAUGUAAUGGACAUCAGCCAUGCACGGUGUGCGAAUCCAGGAACGACAUAUGUACCUACAACAUGAAGAAGAACUACGAUCGCUCACAGGCAUAUACGGAACUACUCGAACGACAACGGAGACAACUGAUCUCUGGCCUACUGAAAUUACAUACCCAAUAUCUGUGGAGAGGCGAGCACUUGCAUCGCAAACUUGUCAGAUUGAACCAACCUGUACCGGUACAUGAUCUCCUUGUGGUACUCGGUGUACUCGACAACACAUCUGAGGAGCAUUUAGAUGUCGGCACAAUAGAAGAUGAAGAGUGUGGUCCAUCAGCAAGACAAGACGAGGAUCACACGGAAGAGGACCUGGAAAUGUCCAUGAGGCAAGACAAAGAAAAGCCUUUAGACACCGUCUCUCUAGAACAGGACAAGGAUAACUUACCAUCCAUCACUAUGCAUGAUAGCUCGGGAUAUAUCACGAUACCUCUGGUGUUAAAUUGAGCGGUACCACCAGGUGUACCAGAUCAAAGACAACAGCUCUAUACAAGUCAUGUCACUCAUCAUCUUCUCGAUCGUUGGGGGAGUGAUUGCACGACAACAACGGGUUUCUAA